ACAGUUACAGUGAGUGUGGCAGUUUUGAGAGGCUGCUGUGGAUCUGCUGCUGAUAUGGAGACUCUUGCCAUGCACAGAAACUGAUCGUACAACUACUUACUCGUCCGCCUGGACAUAAAUCGAUAGCGCGGAUAGCUUUCAUGGCUGCUCUCCUGACACAUUAACAACUGCAAACAUGUCCAAAAGCGUUAAGAAGAAAAGUCACUGGACCAACCGAGUCCAUGAAGUUGUGUUGUCCAGGAGUCCGAGCGGUAAACUCGGGUUCGAGUUGGAGGGGGGCGCAGAGAAUGGACAGUUCCCCGUUAUUGGGGAAGUGAAACUGGACAGGGUCAGACUCAACCAGGACGAGUUACUUCUGGAAGUAAAUGAUACGCCAGUAGCCGGACUGACCAUUAGGGAUGUGUGGGCUGUGAUCAGACACUGCAAAGAUCCCGUCCGCCUGAAGUGUGUCAAACAAGGAGGUGUUGUGGAUAAAGAUCUCAGGCAGUAUCUCAACCUCCGUUUCCAGAAAGGCUCUUUGGACCACGAGCUACAACAAAUCAUCCGGGACAACCUUUAUCUUCGCACCAUACCCUGUACAACAAGGCAGCCCAAAGAAGGAGAGGUUCCAGGAGUGGACUACAAUUUUGUGACUGUGGAGCGGUUUGUUGAACUGGAGAAAAGUGGAGCUUUACUAGAAAGUGGAACUUAUGAAGAUAACUAUUACGGCACACCCAAGCCCCCUGCAGAGCCCAGUCUGCUUCUGCUGAAUGUAGCCGAGCAGCUGUUGCCAGGCGCCACACUCAGAGCCGAGGGCAAACGCAGACGCAACAAGUCCGUCAGCAACAUGGAAAAGGCUGGCAUCGAGCCGCCCGAGGAGGAAGAGGAGGAGAGGCCCGUCGUCAAUGGCAACGGUGUAGCCAUCACCCCAGAGUCCAGUGAACAUGAAGACAAAAGUACAGAUGCGUCAGGAGAGAUGCCCACCACGUGCCCCUCCGAGACCCCCCCAGAUGCUCCCAAAGAAGAGAGCGAACCCGCUACAUCACCCCCCAAACCGGAUGAAAAUGAUGAGCUGGGUCCUCUGCCGGAUAACUGGGAGAUGGCUUACACCGAAAAGGGAGAGGUCUACUUCAUUGACCACAAUACAAAGACGACUUCGUGGUUGGACCCCCGGCUAGCCAAGAAAGCAAAGCCCCCUGAAGAAUGCAAAGAGAACGAGCUUCCGUAUGGCUGGGAGAAAAUCGAUGACCCUAUUUACGGAACCUACUACGUUGAUCACAUCAACCGAAGGACUCAGUUUGAGAAUCCCGUUAUGGAGGCCAAGCGGAGAUUGCAACAACAGCAGCAGAUGCAGAGUCAAGGCUUGUCAUCUCUACCCCUGCCCGCUGUCUACAGAGUGGAGGAGAGCCCCUCCUCUGCAACCUUACCCAGGGCCAGACUGGCAUACGUGGGUCCCGCUCCCGAGCGCUCUCACAGUCUCACUGACCUGUCCGAGGCCCCCCUGUACCGGGCUGGUGUGUUUGGACUGCAUGAGAAGAAUCUGUUCACGCGGGACCCCACGCAGCUGAAAGGCAGCUUCCUGUCGACACCGCUGCAGAAAAGCAACAUGGGAUUCGGCUUCACUAUCAUUGGCGGUGACGAGCCGGACGAGUUCCUGCAGGUCAAAAGUGUCAUUCCGGAUGGACCCGCGGCACAGGAUGGAAAAAUGGCUACAGGUGAUGUGAUUGUCUACAUCAAUGACGUCUGUGUCCUGGGCACCACCCACGCUGAUGUCGUAAAGCUUUUCCAGUCAGUCCCGAUUGGUCAGAGCGUAACCCUCGUCCUGUGCAGGGGUUACCCUCUUCCUUACGACCCUGAGGAUGCAGCCAGCACCAUGCUUCCCCCCAUUGGUCUCAUCGAGCGGCCUCUACUCGUCAAUGGGGGGAACAGCUACGACAGCUACAUGGAGUACAUCUCCCGCACCGCGCGCUUUAUGGACCCCCUCCAUACGCCGUUAGGACCACCUCAUCCCGGAGACACCCACUUGGACGCCGGUCCACUAGAGGACAGCGUCUCCAUGGCGUCGUCAGGAGCUGCUGGAGGAGAGCUGUUGACGGUUACCAUGGUGAAGGGGGGAGAGGGUUUUGGUUUCACCAUUGCAGAUAGUAGCGGAGGACAGCGAGUGAAGCAGAUUCUGGAGGCGCAGGGAUGCCCGGGGCUGUUCGAGGGUGAUCUGAUUGUGGAGAUUAACCAACAACCCGCGCUAAUGCUUUCGCACACGCAGGUGGUGGAGCUGCUAAAGGAGUGUCUGGUUGGGGCAGAGGCCACGUUGGUCGUACAAAGGGGCUGCACAGGACACUUUUCACCUUGGAAGACCUCUAAACAGGUUUUGGAACAUUGGGAUUCUCACAGCAGUCCUACGACCGGUCUAUCUGUCCAUGCUCUCCCCCACAGCCUUCCUUAUCUUCACUGGCCCACGGGUCCAGAGUUUGACCUGGUCAGGCCGGAUCCCUAUGACCUGUAUGAGAAGUCCAGGGCUAUGUAUGAGAAUAGGCAGCCAGGUCUUCCUCGACCGGUCCUCACAGCUGACCCCUCCGCAACUGAGUUCCAAGAGGUGGCGGUGCACCUACGCAGACAGAAGUCCGGUUUCGGCUUCAGGAUCCUGGGCGGAGAAGAACCAGGACAGCCUGUGAGUCCGGAGGCUCAGGAGAAGAUCCUAAUUGGUGCAAUCAUAGAGAAAAGCCCGGCAGACAAAGAUGGACGUCUUCGGCCUGGAGAUGAACUCGUGUCUGUUGAUGGAAUCUAUGUGGCAGGAAAACCUCACCGCUAUGUCAUCGACCUGAUGCACGGGGCGGCCCGGAAUGGCCAGGUCAAACUCACUGUGAGACGGAGACUUCAGCCCACAGGUGAACCCUUUCCAGAGAAUGGCCGCAGUCCUGGGUCCACCCAACACAGUUCCCCCAGGAGUGACUUCAACUCCAGAAUUAUCUCUAACAACUCCACUCCCUGCCAGAACUCUGUCCAUUCCACCACAGGCUCCUCCCCGCCAGACACAGUAGCCAAUCAGAAUUCGCAGCCCAGUGAUGUCACCAUCCAACGCAAGGAGACUGAAGGAUUCGGAUUCGUUAUUAUCAGUUCGCUAAACAGGCCUGAAUCCACGCCUGCUUCUGCUGUGCCUCAUAAGAUUGGACGGAUCAUUGAGGGAAGUCCGGCAGACCACAGUGGGAAAUUGAAGGUUGGAGAUCGCAUACUCGCCGUCAACAAUCAGUCUAUUGUCAACAUGCCACACGCCGACAUUGUCAAGCUGAUCAAGGAUGCGGGACUCAGCGUCACACUCAGGAUCAUUCCUCAGGAGGAGACGAACAGCACGCCCUCUGCAGGCAGUUCAGAGAAGCAGAGCCCCAUGGCCCAGCCCAGUCCAGUGUGCCAUCCCAGCACUGUGAACCAGACCAGUGCUGCUCCUCAACCCAACUCCACCCCUCAAACCAACUCUGCACCUCAAGCCAGCUCCACAACGCUGCCUAGCUCAGAAGCACAACCGAGCCCUGUCACUCAAACCAGCCCAGCCAAUCAGCCCAUCUCAGUGAUCCAGCAGAACACGCCCACCCAGCCCUCAGCCGUGCCAGUACAGAUCUACAGCCACGACAGUGGUUACAGGUCAGAGGUGAAAGCAAGACAGGACGUCAAACCUGACAUCCGGCAGCCGUAUACAGAUUACCGUCAACCCCCGGUGGACUACCGGCACCCUCCUGUAGCGGAUUACAGACAGCCCCCUACACUUGAUUACAGACACCCCCCAUUACUGGACUAUAGACAGCUGUCCACUGACCCACGCACCUUUCCCUUACCUGACUACAGGAUGCCACAGGAUUUUGAUUUCUUUACAGUAGAGUUGGAAAAAGGCUUGAAAGGUUUUGGUUUCAGUAUCCGUGGAGGCCGUGAGUAUAAGAUGGAUCUGUUCGUUCUGCGAUUGGCCGAAGAUGGGCCAGCCAUACGCAAUGGGAGGAUGAGGAUCGGAGAUCAGAUCAUUGAGAUAAAUGGUGAGAGCACGAGGGAUAUGACACAUGCUCGGGCUAUUGAGCUCAUCAAAUCGGGCGGCCGUAGAGUUCGCCUGCUUCUCAAAAGAGGAACAGGGCAGGUCCCUGAGUAUGGAAUGGUACCUUCCAGCCUUUCCAUGUGCAUGAAAAGUGACAACCAUGGCUCCCCCUAUUUCUUCCUAAUGGGCCAUCCUAAAGACACGGUGGAAGCUGAGGAGCCCUCAGUGUAUCUCACUAUAUACGAUGUGACAGCAGAUAAUCCCACCGCCUGGGAUGCUCGCACUACAACCUCCCCAAGUCUGUCGGAAGUAGCACCACCCCUCGACAGCAUACCCAAUCCAUCGGCUUCUUUUCAUGUGAACCCACCAACUGACCCACCUCAUACAUCGUCUUUGGAAGCAGCAGGUCCUGACUGUUUCCAGGGUCCUAGAGGCCCAGAGAGUAGGGCUCUGGAACAGGUUGGGAAGCGGUCAGCCCUGGGAGGUGGAGUUGGGGGUGGAGAUGGGACCAAGCAAAGGGAGGGUAGCAGGACCAACCGUCGCUCAAGCGGAGGGAAGGGUCAGCACCCCGAUGAACUUGCGGGAGAGCCCUACGGACCCAAGCCCCACAAAAGCAGCCGGGCGAAAUCCAAGGAGCACAGGAGGGAACGGAGCAAUACGCCCUCUCGGAAACGAGACUCGCCCAAAACGGACAAUAACAUAAAUGGGGGAAAUGGUUGCUUAGAUGGUAAUCGCAACCAGCAAGGGUCUCCGAUGCAACUCAAAGCCCUACCAAAGGAACCAGAGAAAGGACAAGUGGAGAGUCGUCCCAACCAUAACUCCAAGAACAGCAACAGCGGUGCAUCCGUCAGGAAGGUUGCGGUAUCCCCAGGGCUUUGGAAGAUCCCGGGCUCAGACAAGCUACCCAGCACCCUGCGCUCGGCCACGUCCACCAUCAGCAGAUAACAUCUCACCAUGGUCUCAGGCCCGAGCUGGUUUAAUCUUUUGGCCUUGACUUGAUUAAGGCCUUCUCACAGACCAAUUCACCUUGUUUUGGGCCUGGUUGGGCUUGUGCUCCGCUUGGUUGCUUUUCACAGGCCUGCUGUACUCUCCAGAGCUCGGUUUUAACCUUGUUCGACCAGGUCUCGCCCUUUCUCACAACCCUCGCUAAAGACCUUUUCAUGCAUUUCUAGACAGAGCAUUUUUUAUUUAUAAAUUAUUUUAAGCGAUAUGACACCCACCACCUUAAGAACUGGAAGCAUUCACGCCACAAAUGGAACCACGGAAGAAUGAGUGAUGCAUGUAGCGUGCGAAAAAAACCCAGACUGGUUUAAACUGUUGGGAAAAGCACUUAGACUCUGAGACGUACAUGCAUAAAGAACCACUUACCGACUCAAGGACACCACCGGUGACCAUGGCGGUUUUUAUACACUUUCAGUUAAAAUGAAGAAUAUUGAAGGAGUCAUGCAGUUUUUGAGUAUUUGAAGAACGAAAAUGAUUGAAAAAGAUUCUAUAUGAGUGGACACUCGACAGUCGAACUCUGCCUUAAAUAAAGACUCUACUGACCUGCAGAUCUCUGCAGCAAAUGAAUAUAGACAUAGAUAUAUUAUAUGACUACGUAAGUGUGAGACUUAUUGUAAAUACAGUCUUUAUACGCCCAUGUGAGCCCAUCUUGGUGUUUUGACAUCAUCCAUGCAGUGUAAAAAUAUAAACUAGAAUUCAUCCCAUUCCACUACUUAAGGCGUGUUCUCACUGUAAGCGAAUUAAACGCAAUACGUCAAGUUUCUGUAAUGGAUGUUGCUGGUAUCCAGGAGCUGAAUCAAAUGCGGGUCACUGUCGUUGUGCAACUCGACGCCAGUGGUCACUGUUAUUCUUGUCGCCUCAAAUCGCCAAUAGCUUUGUUGAUGCAAUUCUCUUUCAGUGGGAAUCUCUUAUGAUCAGUGAUUGGUUAGCUGCUCUGUUAGUCUCUGAAGGAGCUAAUUGGCUUUCAACUUCUCGACUCAAUUAUCACUGACUCGAUCUAUUCUCCCUUUACGUAUUUACGCUAGUAAAGCAAUCGGAAGGAUCGGUGAUGGUUUAGAUGAAUGGUUUCAAUUGGGGCAGAGUGCCUUACACAAGCUCCAAGAUUUAGGCAACAACGUGAAGACUAAAAGAGAUAAUAGGCUGCUAUUAGACAACUACGUUUAAUUCUUGAAAAACUGUGUGACAGUAAAGCCAAGUCUGUGGAAGCAUUUAUCACGUCUUUGACUCUGAACAGAAGUUAAACUGAGAGGCUGGUUUUGUCCCCAGUAUAGAUGUAUCAAUAAAAGAUUGAAAUGCUAUUUUCGUACGUAGAUGAAAGGUGCUUUUAGGAGAAGUGCAGAUAUUUAUUAAUGAUAUCUUUUAGUGGAGGUAGGAGUGUCUGUUGAGCACUUUGUCUAUAAUAAGACAGAUAGUAGCUGUGAUAUACAUUCAAAUGCAGAUCCAUGAUAUUCAUUGGAUAGUUUUGAAAGGGUAGGAAUUAUAAUAUGAAGGUAAAAUAUUGUAUAAACAUAGUUUUCUGUUUUUGAAUUCCCUUUUACAUGACUCGCAUCAGGGCUUCAGUGCACAUCAAGAGAAGCAUUGUGCUUAUCUCCACGUUAAAAAACAAUGCAGAUGUUUCUUUCACAGAAGGGCGAUUUUGCAUGAAAGGCAAUAUGUGGUUGCCAGGUUGCAAGAAAAUGGGUUAUUUUCCAUAAAGAGGAAAAAUAAUUAAAACGAUCAAAAGCGGUAGCAAGAAUAACUUUCGGCAAUGCAUCAUGCUUUUUUCUCUUUAUGUCAUGAUAUGCCUUUGACACUGUGUCACACAACUCGGUGUAUUUAGAUACACAUGGGUUCAGUCUUUCGUCCAUUUUGUUUGAGUUUUCAUGUCAGCAUCAUCCUCAACGAUACACCUUGGAACGAUAUUCGACGAUACGCGUCUUGGAAUUAUUGGACUCAAGUGGACUCAAAAGUGGAAACGUAAAGUUUGAACAUCACAUUCUAGAGCCAAGGGGUGUAAUAAUAGUAACAAUAGAGCGGGAGGUCUAGGUCUGACUAGGGCGGCCAUGUUUGCAACACCUCAGAGCAGCUACUUUAGUCAUAGCAAGACCACAGUCCUAUAUCUAUUUGAAUGGGGAAGACAGAUAUUUCUAAAAUCGCUGGCAAAAAUCACAAUUAAACGGCAUGUUUUCGACAAACAAUUAAACCUGGCAAAAACUGUACCAUAAUUUUUGUUUCUUAAGUAUAAAUUGUGCUAAAAACACUUUUUCGAGGUCGCUUCAGCCAAUGUGCUUGCUUGCUAGAGCGGACAUAUUGAGCGUUGCAUUUCAAUUCAUAGUAAUGUCAGUGGUGCAUUUUGUUUACAUAUUUGUAUACAUUUUUGUUUAUUUUGAAGGUCCGAAUGUAAUGGAAUUGUUAUUUAGACCUUAGUACACACAAUAUUAUUUUUUGUUCUUGUUUCCCACUGGUAAUUAGAAAAAAAUAAACACGAAUUUGCAAGCAUUAGAACAAAACCUUCACACCAAAGGUGCUUCAUUAUGUAUUCACACUUUGUAAAACCAUCUAAAGUUAUAUGUCACAUUUUCACCUCUUUGAUAAUCUUGGUAACGUUUAAUUGCUUUAAUUUAUACAUGUCAACUCCAACUAGUUUCUCAUCAUCUCAGCAUGAGCGCGAGUAACCCUUAGUCAAGACCUCCUCCCUUCUCCCCAUUGUCAUAACAUCACCUACAUUAUAUUCAUUUCCUACAGAAAUAAAGCGAUGACUGGUUCCACUGAUGCUCAACUAUUGUAGAUGACAAGGAGAGCCGACAAUGAUCUAGUCAUUACAAGAUAGCAAACAUUUCCCAGAUAAAGGCACAUUAAUUGAAGCAUUCCAAAAGCGAUUGUGCCUUUGUGGCACAUUGUAAGUGGUUCGUCCGUAUAAAUCACAGGCAGAGAAUGGCAUUGUCAAACCAAAUGCAGUUUCCACAGAGUCCCGCCUAAGAUUGUCUGUGAAUAUGAAUGAGAUGAAUAAUGCUAUACGCGGCUAUGAUACCUCUCCAUAGAGUUAUGAGCUGAAUGAUUUUGCUUGAAAUACGACUUCUUAAAGCUGCAACGUGUUACUUUUUAUUCUCUAUCGCCAUUUCUGUUUGAAACAUAAAAUUGUUAUUUUAUGUGCAGCGUCAAAAUGAUAUUUCCCACACAUGUUAAUUGGUAAGGAUUGUUCUACACUGAUUUUUUAUGUAAUUGCUCAACAACUGUUUAUUUUUAGCGAAAAAAGUUACAGAUUGCAGCUUUCAGAAUAAGCAAGGGAUUUUAAAGCCAGAAAAAAUACUCUACCCAAAUAUUCAAACGUGAAUGCUUGGCCAAUGAAUUGUCAGCACACAGUCGCAUUAUUAUGGCAUUAAGUUAAUUCCAGAAUAAUAUGAAGUACAUUUGAAGUAUAUGAGAUCAUGUGGCAUUUCAUUUGUCAGUUUUAAUUUCAGAAUACCGUUACGCAGAAGUUUAGUAGACAGUCUAAAUGGCAUUAAGUCACCAAAGUAUGGACUCGGAGGAAGACCAUGGAGACUUUUUUGGGACCAGUUUACACCUGUUUUGUUGUAAAUUAUAAAUUGUUUUGAAAUGCUGUGGUAGACAUUGGCAUUCACAUUUUUUUGUAGAGUAUAUUUCUGGCUUUUGUUUUCAUGAUGUGCGUCAAUGAAUUUGUUAAAGAGCGUGGUUGAUGCUGUUUUUCUGUCUUUGGUCUCAUCUAAGUUUGCCAAAUCUUGAAGAAACUUUAACGAAUGAUUUAACGUGAUAAAUAGUGUGAUUUAAAAUGAGAUGAUAUCUUAUGGAGACGUGCCCAAGCAGGGCUCUGUAUCACUGUGUAGAACUUAAAAAGAACACUGCGGUUCACUCUGUACAGUUACAAAUAUAAAUAUGACACUAUGUAUUAUGAACUAGUCACACGACAAAACAAAAAAUCUGUAAGUGAGCUACUAUUUUUAUGAAAUGCAACUCAAUGAAUAUAUACUUACUUUUGCAGAGCUCUUGUUUACUGUAUGAUAUUUACUGAAAUACUGUCAAAUAAAACCUUGACAUGGUGUAAAGUA